UCAAACUGCACCUCUUGACGUAAGUGGCUGUUCCAUGCUGUUGACCAUCCCUGAAAGUUUUUGCCAUCCCCUCCUCCUUCCUGGUCACUUCAAAGACGGUCAACUCACGCACAACAACACCGAUCGACUAUUUAAUGCUUGCCAACUAGUUCGCAACGCUUCCUCCUAAUCGACCACCCUCAACUUAUCAGCCAUCGGCAAGCUUCAAAAAAAAAAAAAAAGGUUUUACCACACCGAUGCCUUCUUCAUCAAGUUUUACCGCCAGUGAGAAGGCCAUCAUCAAACAUGUGCUUCCCUCUGAUCACAACAAGAUUCUUGCUGCUGGACUAUGUCGGAUAUAUUACGCCUACCCGGACCCCAACAAGUGGUCUUACACAGGUCUUUCAGGCGCGCUGGUCUUUGGACGCCCAAGCUCAGGCAUCGCUGGAAGCUUCUGGUUUAAAUUGAUCGACAUCUCCGGAACUCGGGGUACCAUCUGGGAACAUGAGGUAUACGAAGACGGCCCGGGUAGACCUGGUCAUGGCCAUUUUGGUUAUCAUCAAGAACGCACAUUUUGGCACACUUUCCAGGGUGAUGACUGUAUGAUUGCAUUUGUCUUUGUCAAUGAGGAUGAGGCUUCAGCGAUACACAAAAAGGUCAUCAACCGAUCAAAGCAUAUCAGUAAAAGUGCAGCCAAGGUCAAGCCUGUUGAAGCCCCAGUAUCAGCUCCUAGUCCUGUCCUUGCACCCAGUGGAAAGAAGAAGGGAGGGAUAGACAAAAGCAUGAUUAGCGCACCCACUGACUUCAAACGAGUAGCUCACAUGGGAUACGACUCCAAUGCUGGUUUCACGGCUGAAAACGUGGAUCCCUCUUGGGCACAACUCCUAACAAAUCUGACAAACAUGGGAUUUAGCAAAGAUGAGAUAAACAAUAGUGAAUCGUUUAUCAAAGACUAUGUCAAUCAAGCAGGCGGGAUUGAUCAAGUUCUAAGCUCACAUAAUAACACAUCGGCAUCGCCCCCGACGAGAGUACCACCGGCCAACCCGGUCACGUCGAAGCGAGUCAAGCCACCAGCUCCACCAGCCCCAACACGUCGGACUGGGACAUCGAAUGAAAAUCACAACCCAGCCACUCCUGCGCCCAUGACGAAAAGUCCUUCUGCUCCCUCCCGGGCCCCACCCACCUCUGCUGCCCCCUCUCGACCUCCUCCAACCAUGCCAGUCACUCCUGCUCCAUCUGCCCCCGUCAGCAACCCUCCUGCGCCUCCUACCGCUCCUCCUCCACCUGCACCCGUCAAGUCGGCUCCUCCUCCACCAUCAGCACCGCCGCCACCAGCUAUGGCACCUCCACCGCCACCCGCUCCACCACCACCUCCACCACCAUCCAGUCAUGCACCCCCACCCCCACCACCUAAUGCACCACCCCCACCAGCACCGCCAGCACCACUCCCACCGCCCAGUAAUGCCCCGCCGCCCCCACCAGUACCUUCCUCCUCCAUAUCACCCGUUUCGGAUGGAUCUAGAGCGAACUUACUGUCGAGCAUACAAGGCAAGGGCAUCCAUGUACUGAAAAAGACUCCUCAGGGUGCCUCUACACACUCCACGGGCCCUACCAAUCCGCUCUCUCAAUCCACUCGAUCGGCCGGAUCGGAUGAUGCCCAUGAUGGAGGAGGAGCGAGUGGCGGUGGCGGUAAUCUUGCUGCAUCAUUGGCCGCUGCUCUUAAUAAACGGAAAGGCACUAUGGGUGAAGAUAGUGAGGAGGAAGCGGAGAGCGAUGAUGAAUGGGAUUAAUUUUUUUUUUUCUGUGUUUCUCUCAACUUGCUGUAUUUCUCCUUCCCUUCCAGUCACCUCCUCUUCUGUUUACAUUAUUUUCUUUUUUAUGGUUUCACUUUUUUUCCCUUCUCACACAUAUCCUUUAAUUUCAAUAGAACAAUG